GCCAUGGCACUUCUCGGCAACUUCUUCCUUUGGUUUUUCUGCUUUUCCUGGCUGUGUUUUCCUAUUAGCCUUGGUUCUCAGGCUUCUAGAGGAGAACCUCAAAUUGCAGCUGAUGCUGAGUUGGAAUCUGAGGCUGAGCCUUGGUCUUUGCUGCGGCCUCUAGAUGGAAGAGAGAGAUCUGGCUUCCUUUCUCCUCUUUUCAAGGUUCUGUAUGGUGGGCAAGGUGGCACCCCCAGGCUGCAGCCAGACUCCAGAGCUUUGCGCUACAUGAAGAGGCUCUAUAAGGCAUAUGCUACCAAGGAGGGGAUCCCUAAAUCCAACAGAAGUCCUCUCUACAACACUGUUCGGCUCUUCACAUCCUAUGCCCAGCACAAGCAGGCUCCUGGGGACCAGGCAACAGGAUCCGUUCCAUCAGUGGACCUGCUGUUUAACCUGGAUCGUGUUACUGCCGUUGAAAACUUACUGAAGUCAGUCUUGCUAUACACUUUCAGCAACUCCAUUUCUUUUCCCUCUGCUGUUAAAUGUGUGUGCAACCUGGUGAUCAAAGAGCCCGAGUCUUCUAGCAGGACCCCCCAUAGAGCUCCGUCCUCAUUUACCUUUCACUUACAGUUUGAAUUGAAAAAGACAUACACAUGGUUUGAAGUUGAUGUGACCACUCUUCUUCGGCCUCUAGUGGCCUCCAACAAGAAAAGUAUUCACAUGUCUGUAAAUUUUACCUGUUCGAGAGACCAGGGGCAGGAUCCUUCAGCUCAGGACAGGCCAUUUAACGUGACCCUCCAGGUGCCCCCUUCACUACUUUUAUAUCUGAAUGACACAAGCGCUCAGGCUUAUCACAGGUGGUGUUCCCUUCGCUAUAAACGGAGGCCUUCACAGAGUGCUGACCAGAACAGGGGUCUGUCUGUCUGCCCCAAACGAGAAGGGUCAGCUGAGGGUGUAAGAUCUCCUCGUCACCGGAGAGGUCAGGAAACCGUCAGCUUGGCAUUGAACAAGCCUCUGGUUCCAGCUUCUUUGAAUCUGAGUGAAUACUUCAAACAGUUUCUUUUUCCCCAACACGAGUGUGAGCUCCAUGACUUCAGGCUAAGCUUCAGCCAGCUGAAGUGGGACAACUGGAUUGUGGCCCCGCCCAGAUACAACCCUCGAUACUGUAAAGGGGACUGUCCAAGGGCAGUUGGACAUCGGUAUGGCUCGCCAGUUCACACCAUGGUGCAGAACAUCAUCCACGAGAAGCUCGACUCCUCAGUGCCAAGACCAUCGUGUGUACCUGCUAAAUACAGCCCUCUCAGUGUUUUGACCAUUGAACCCGAUGGCUCAAUUGCUUACAAAGAAUAUGAAGACAUGAUAGCCACUAAGUGCACCUGUCGUUAA